AUGCGUCCUUCACUUACCCGUCUGUCGGGGAUGCCAUCAGGCAAGGCCUACAUCGGCUGGUGGGGUGACUUUGGAGGGGCGAAGCAGAAGGGUAUCGUCCAGUAUGGUCUCUCUCCUUUCCAGCAACGUGCAUGGGGGGACGCCUUCUCCCAAACGAUGUUCAACGGGUAUCGGCGUAUCGUCAGCCAGGCACCCUACUUCCUGAUCCCCUUCGUAGCGGGGUACAGUAUCUACACUUGGGCAAACGGGUACUACCACUACCUCGAAAGCAAGGAAGGGCACUACGCGAGUCAAGCAGCAGGUGGUGGGCACUAA